AUGGCAUGCGGCGUCGAUUUUCUCAAAUUUCUCAUAGGUGAGCAAGUCCUUAAUAUCAGUGGUCACAUUCUUGAAGAUGUUGUGCCGGGAAGAAAGAGUGUCUGUUUUGAAGUUGGAGGGGAAUUCUACAGCUAUCAUUAUGAAUUUUGGAAUUUUAAGAUCCCACCACUACAUGGUGAACGUCAAGCCAGACUCCAACAAAAUUUCACACAGGAAGAGAACAAUAGAACUGAACGACGUUGGUUCAAGGUACCACGCUGA